UUUGCAGCAGGGGCGCAUCAGAUGUUGAAGGCGUGCUCUUGUAUAAUAUUAUAUUUUAACUGCGUGACUGUCGUAGGAGAAGUGCAUAAUGUACGGCUCUAGAAAUUAAUAACAACACGAGAGAAGAAGUUCAGAAAACGUUUUUAGUUUUGCAAUUGUGGGUCUGCUUAAUUUUAGUUACCACAUUGCUUUAUUCCGCUGCUGUUCUUGCAACAGAAAGCAAUAGAUUCCCUGCGGACUGUAAUCUUGGAGGCUUCUGCCACGUCUUGGACAGCGCUGGACGUCGAUCAGUUGUUCAACUCUUUGGACUUGAAGGAAGAAACGUAAUGUUUUAAACGUUAGCCAGAUCGGGGCCAGGAAUGGAAACAAAUAACAGUCUUUUCAACUAAAUAACGAAUGGUGGGAAUUCCAGUCCCUAUUCGAAGCCACACUGAGAAAAACUUUAUCAUGCCAGACUCACCUGUGGAUGUAAAAACACAAUCCAGGUUGACUCCACCCACUAUGCCACCACCUCCUCCCACACAGACAGUACCCAGGACCAGCUCCUUCACUCCCACUACGUUAACCAAUGGAAACAGUCACUCUCCCACCACAUCUAAUGGAGCACCCUCUCCACCCAGCAGUUUCAGCAAUGGACCUUCCUCCUCCUCCUCUUCCUCUUCUUCCUCCUCUUCUUCGCUGGCUAACCAGCCGCUCCCUCCAGCGUGCGGCGCUCGGCAGCUCAGCAAGCUGAAGCGCUUCCUCACCACUCUGCAGCAGUUCGGGAAUGAUAUAUCUCCAGAAAUCGGAGAGAGGGUGCGAGCUCUGGUGUUGGGUCUGGUGAACUCAACCUUAACCAUAGAAGAGUUUCAUUCCAAACUGCAAGAGGCAACAAACUUCCCACUACGACCCUUUGUUGUCCCAUUUCUGAAGGCCAACCUGCCUCUACUGCAGCGGGAGCUCCUGCACUGUGCACGGACGGCUAAACAGAACCCAGCCCAGUACUUGGCUCAGCACGAGCAGCUGCUCCUUGACACCAGCACCAGCUCGCCCCUGGACUCGUCUGAGCUGCUGCUGGAUGUCAGUGAGAGCAGCAAGAGAAAGUCCCCAGACAGAUCCAAAGAGAAUGGCUUCAACAGGGAGCCGCUGAACAGCCAGCCCCCCAGCAAGAGGCCGUGCACGAUGAGCCCUGGCCUGCGUUUCAGCCCUAACAGUGGCCCCCCCUACCAGCCCAAUGGCCUGCCCCACCCGACGCCCCCAGCGCCUCAGCACUACCGCCUGGAGGAUGUGGCUCACCCUUACAGGCACCUCGCCCAGAGGGAGCUGAGGGACCGCCACAGGCAGCUAGGGAUGCAUGGAGCACGUCAGGAUGGUGUCAUCGAUCACCGGCUUAAUGACAGGGAAUGGGUGGAGGAAUGGAAGCACCUUGACCAUGUAAGAAAACUGCUGAACUGCAUCAUGGACAUGGUGGAGAAGACACGGCGCUCACUCACCGUUCUCCGACGAUGCCAGGAGGUGGACCGAGAGGAGCUGAACUUCUGGAUCCGCCGCUACAGCGAUGCUGAGGACCAGAAGAAGGGGACAGGCAGCAACAGCGCCCUCUCCAGGCAGCAGAGUCCAAUCAGUCAUGAUGCCACCACACCAGAAAUUCACAGGGAGUUAUUCCACAGAACAGGGGUGGGAUAUGUUCCAGAAGACAUCUGGAAAAAAGCUGAGGAGGCUGUGAAUGAGGUGAAGAGGCAGGCCAUGUCAGAGCUGCAGAAGGCCGUGUCAGAGGCAGAGCGCAAGGCCCAUGAGAUGAUCAGCCUGGAGAGAGCCAAAAUGGAGCGCACGGUGGCUGAUGCCAAACGGCAGGCAGCCGAGGAAGCUCUGUCCCUCAUUAAUCAGCAGGAAGACUCCAGUGAGAGCUGCUGGAACUGCGGGCGCAAAGCGAGUGAGACCUGCAGCGGCUGCAACGCAGCGCGCUACUGCGGCGCCUUCUGCCAGCACAAGGACUGGGAGAAGCACCACCACAUGUGCGGCCAAACUCUGCAGGGCCAGAACCAGGGCCAGAACCAAGGCCAACCGCAGAGCAAUGUGCCCGCCUCCAUCAGCUCCGCAGCCACGCCCCGCAGUGGCACGGCUAGCCCGGAAAGCCCGCCCUCUACCAUGCCCCGCUCCAUAUCGCCCUGCCCUGUCACACUGGUCACGCCCUCCACCACAGACAUCACACCACGUGGAUAACCCCUCCCUCUAAAUGGUCUCACAUUCCUGAUGAGAUCAAGGAGUUGGAACUUUUACACUACAGUUAGAUGCGUCAGACUUGUCUGGGGACUAGGGCUUGCAUGUUGAAGGCCAAUAAUGGGUCAUAUUGACUUACGGUGAAAAACAAUACACAAGGAUAUUAUUUACCUUCUGUUAUUGCUGUUGUCAUUCUAGCUGUUAUUGAUAUUAGUCUUAUAUUGUUACUGUUGUUGUUAUUUUAUAUUUAUGUUCAUGGGAAAAGGUGAAUAUGUGUAAAUACAGCAAAGAGUUGCAGAUAAGCAAACUUGACUUUCACCCUGUUCUUUUUUUUAAUCAGUAGCUGGGAUUACAAACUAGCUGACCUCAUUGAAAGACACUUUACAAUACCACUAACCAAGAGAUGUAUGUUGUUAAUAGCUAAAAUGUUGACAGAAUAUGGAUUACUGUUUUGGAAAAAAAAGUGGAGAGAGUAGGAAAAGGCCUCAAGAGCAUGAAUUAUGUAAAGUGGUUUGAUGUUUCACUUGGAAGAAGAUUCCAGGGAUUACUAAUGGAACUGAAACCACUCUUACCUAAUUCACAGCUGACUGUCAAGCAGCACAGAUCUUCAUACUUUUACUUAUUCAAGAAAUGUAUUCAAUUCUUUUUGAAGAGAAAAGGAAUGAGCAGGACAGGCUCUGAAGAUGGCUAUACAGCAACAAGAGUAUGAUUAACAAAAAAUAUCAUAAAUAAAUUAGGCUUUUGUAGUAACAAAGUAGAUAAGCCAGCCAUCAGCUGCAGAUCUAGUUCAAACUCUGACAUUAUGAUAGGUCAGAUGAAUAUCUUCUGGAAAAAACGGGGGGAAAUAAGAAAUAAAAAACAUGUAUUAUUUUUAUUCCUCAAGAAUAAUAUUUGAUAUCUGGCCCCUUAAUGUCUCUCCUUAAAUAAUUUUUUUUUUUACCAUUUUCAUUCCCUAUUCUUGUUUCUAAGAAGUCUUUUUUGUGUAAAAACUGUCCUGUGUAGUUUUUUUGAUUGUGAUUUAUUGUCUUUGACAGUUGUGAUGCAGAGUAGUGUAUCCAUGUCAACAAGUUAGUUUCUCUGUUUCCUGCUGUAGAUGGUGCAGAGGGAAAUUUUGUACCGUGUUUAUGCUGCUUUUAAUAUUUGUAUAUACAAUUUCUCUAGCUCUUUGAAUUGAAGAGGGAAAUAAAUCUUUUGGUUAUCCUGA